AACUCCUUCAUGGCCCGAUUAAUCUUAACUCAAGCCCGAUUAAUCUUGACUCAACUCUGUAUGCCCUGGACUGAAUAUGCCCCCAGAUCUCAAAACGCGUCCAUCGUCGCUGGCGUGCACAGAAUGUCGUAAACACCAUCUCAAAUGCGACGCCCGACAGCCGACGUGUUCGCGCUGUGCCCUCGCCCAGACGGAAUGCAUCUUUCUUCCGUCUCGCCGGGGGGGAAGACGACGUCUGGAGAGGAAGAUGCGUGCUUUGGAGAUGCCUCAAGCUGCCGAGGAUGUUGAAUCUACUCCUAUCUCUAUUCCUCAAUCUCAGUCUCCUCUUCCUUCUAUUCCUAUUCCUUCUAUUCCUCUUCCUUCUAUUCCUCUUCCUUCUGUUCCUAUUCCUUCUAUUCCUAUUCCUACUAUCCCCCCAACCACUCAAUAUAUCGAAUCUUCAUCUUCAGACAUUGUGGUCCCCGAGUCGAAUACCACUGUGAUAGUCCCCGAAGGACGACUGGUUCGUCUGUACUACGAGAACUUCCACUCGGCGCAUCCCAUCCUGAUUCCCGCCGGACUAUACGACAAGACGAAAGCGGCAGCAUGUCUGCAUCAAGUGGUGACGUUCAUCGGCAGUCACUACUCGCUCGUGAUGAGCAACGACACGCUGCACGAAGCGACCUGGCUGGCUGUGAGCAGCGUGGAAGAGCGCACGCCGGCGACAGUCCAGGCUCUCCUGCUGUACUCGAUCAUCAUGAGGGCGCGCAACGAGAUCACUCGCGCCGAGUCGUGUCUGACGCAGGCGAUCGACAUUGCCGUUGAGCUGGGCAUGCAUCGCGACGGGUUCGCGGUCGCCGCGGCGUCCAGCGAGCACGAGGCAGAGAGUCUGCGACGUACCUGGUGGGAACUGUUUAUCUGGGAGGUACAGCUGGCGACUGUGCAGGAGGGGAUCCCCCUGCGGUGCAGCCAGCUGUUCUCGGACGUUUUGUUGCCGUGUGAAGAGACGACGUACGCCUCGCCUUCGUCACAGACUAUCCCGCCGCCACAGUCUCUUGCUUCCUUCCGAGCAAGGAUCUUCACGGAGGAAGAAGAGGAUGAAGAGGGAGGGGAGAGCAAAGAGAAGAAGAAGAGCAGCCGGUACUCGUCGUUUGCGUAUCGGAUCGAGGCGGCUCGCAUCCUGGCGCGCGUGUUGGUGCUCAACCGGCUGCCGGAGACGCACCAGGACCAUCUGCAGGCGGUGGCCAACGCGCUGGUGAGCUGGAUGCACCACCUGCCGGAAUGCAAGCUGGACAUAGUCGACAUGUUCGGGACGAUCGACGAGAUGUUGUUCCAAGCGCACUACACGAUCCGAUACGCGGCGAUGCUGCUGCAUUUACCACGCAGCAAUCUCCGGCCGCGGCUGCCCGAGAGCCCGUUUGCCAUCUGCCCGAGGACUCCUGUGCGGCUGUCGCCCUCGCUGACGCGCCAGGUACACGAUAUCAAGACGGUCGAGGCCUCGAAACAGCUGUCGAACCUGUUCUCGAUGCGGUCGGGGGCCCAGGGGACCAGCCCGCUGGCGGUCUGCGGUCUGAUGCUGUGCGGCCUCGUCCAGCUGGCUGCAGCAGAGCGUCACGGCGCCGAGUGUCUCGACCACCACCAGAACCGGCUCGUGCUGGUGCUGGGAUACCUGCGUAUCCUGCGCAGCAAGUGGGCGCUCGCCCAUGAAGCGUACGCUCGACUGCGUGCCACGGCGGCGCAGACGGCCGCCACGGCGACGAGCGAGUACUCGCCUUUUGAAAGCCGCAGCACGCCGACCCAGGCGAAUCCCUUGCCCCUGGCGGAAGACGAGAUGAAUGAAGCGGUUUCGUGGUCCAAUCUCUUCUCCGAGUACAUCGAUCCUACCUGUGGAGAUUCGUUGUCUCUCUACCUCAAUCCAGAGAGAAAUUACAUGUAACAGAUAUUCGUAACUUGGACAUAUUUAUAUACUGAUAGUUAUAUUAUAUACUGAUAGGUAUGGCAG